AUGGCUGAAAAAUCUGAGUCAGUUACAUCGGCUGCUUCAUUGCAGCCUGAGUUAUGGACUUCGUCUGCAAAUGACGUAUUGAAAAUUUUCAUCACUGAUCCUAAUGGUGCUAUAAGUUUUCCACCAAUAUUCACGUAUCCACUCUUUGGAGAUUCAGAGACUAUAUACGGAUAUCAAGACUUGGUAAUAUACUUAUGUUUUGAUCAUCUAACAUUCAGGCCCUUUUUAAAUGUCAAGUACACUAAUAAGUUGGAAGACGAUCAGAUAAUAGAUGUCAAGGAAACGAUGUUGAAAGUUUUACCUGAAAGUGUAAUUUAUAAAGACGAAUUGAAGUGGGUAGAUAAGGUUAACGAAGAAAAGAAAAGUUACAAGAUUCCAGGUGAAAUCUUUGAUUCCUUUGAAAAGAAUGGUGAAAAGUUUACUAUAUAUAAAAUCAACUUGAGAAGUGUCGAAGGAAUAGAGUUGCACAAACGUUUGCAAAUACUAGUUUUAUUCUUCAUAGAAGCCGGCUCAUACAUAGAUGUCAGUGAUCCUUUCUGGAAUUUGUACAUUUUGUACAAGCAUGGUGAAUCAGAACAAUCGUCUUCAGUAGUUGGAUUUGUUACCGCAUAUAACUAUUGGACGUAUCCUGGCCACAAAAAGUUUGACGAGGACAUCAAGCAAACGAGGACGAAGAUCUCACAGAUGAUUAUACUUCCAAACCACCAAGGUAAGGGGCUUGGAGGAUCUUUCUACUCUAGUCUUUAUACGAAGUGGCACACAGAGCCCCAAGUAUACGAGAUUGUCGUCGAAGACCCAAAUGAAGCCUUCGAUGACCUUAGAGAUAGAAGUGAUUUACAACUGCUUAAGAAAGCGUUCGAUAUAAAUAAAAUUACUACUGCCACGAUCACAAAAAGUUGGAUUAAUACUACUAGGUUGCAAUUGAAAUUAGACAAAAGACAAUUUUCCAGAUUGCUCGAGAUGAUUUUAUUGUACAAUGUGAAUCAUGGAGGUUCCGAUACGAAAAAGGCUGUAAGACUCUUUAUAAAGAAGAGACUUUAUGAAAACAAUAAAGAUGGCUUACUCUCUUUGGAUGAUCCCACAAGACGAGAUAAGCUUCAGACCGCUUACGUUUCCCUAGAACUGGACUAUUAUCGAAUCUUAGGUAAUAUGCUGCUUGCUCCCGCGAAAAGAGCAGCUUCUCCGGUGGACACCGGUCCAAAGAGGCAUCAUCUGUAG